GAUGAGUACAAACACCUCCGUGGUGACUGAAUUCAUUCUUAUUGGCUUCUCCCACCUGGCCGGGCUCCAGAGCUUGAUCUUCUCUUUCUUUCUCACUGUCUACCUGCUCAUGGUGGCUGGCAACCUCCUCACUGUGGUGCUGGUCUCAGCUGACGCUGCCCUCCAGACCCCCAUGUACUUCUUCCUUCGAAUCCUCUCAGCCCUGGAGAUUGGCUACACGUCCGUCACCAACCCCCUACUGCUUCACCACCUCCUCACGGGUCAGCGCCACACCCCUCGCUCUGGCUGUGCUCUCCAGACCACGGAGUGUUGCCUCCUGGCAGCCAUGGCCUAUGACCGCUGUGCAGCCAUCUGCAAAUUCCUUCGCUUCCCCCUGCUGCUGAGCUAUCCGUGCCUGUGUCUAGCUGGGUCAGCGUGGGCAAUGGUGGGCCUGGGCCACACCUCCUUCAUCUUCUCCUUGCCCUUCUGUGGCCCCAAUGCCAUCCCACACUUCCUCUGUGAGAUCCAGGCUGUCCUGAAGCUGGUAUGAGGGGACACCUCACUCAAUGAACUGCAGAUUAUCCUGGCCACUGCUUUCCUCAUCCUCUGCCCCUUUGGCCUCAUCCUGGGCUCCUAUGGGAGUAUCCUGGCUGGCCGCCCCAAAGCCUUCUCCACCAGCUCCUCCCACCGUGUGGUCUCCCUCUUCUAUAGCACUGCGAUCUUUAUCUACAUCCGCCCUAAGGCCAGCUAUGAUCCUGUCACUGACCCUCUUGUCUCCCUCUUCUAUGCUGUAGUCACCCCCAUCCUCAAUCCCAUCAUCUAUAGCCUCCAGAACACUGACGUCAAGGCUGCUCUAAAGAGAACCAUCCAGAAAAUGGGGCUGGCAGAGGUUUGA